AAUCCAGAGUAUAUAAAUUUCUCCCCCUUCUUCAAACUUCACAUCCAAACAAUUAAGGAUUCCCUCUCUAAAAUUCAGUCUCAUUCAAACUUCACUGCCAAAUUAGGGUUUAGCAAAAAUGUCGGGAAGAGGAAAGGGCGGCAAAGGAUUAGGCAAGGGUGGCGCUAAGCGCCAUCGCAAGGUGCUGAGAGAUAACAUCCAGGGCAUUACGAAGCCGGCGAUCCGGCGGCUAGCUCGCCGUGGAGGCGUCAAGCGUAUCAGCGGCCUCAUCUACGAGGAGACACGUGGCGUCCUCAAGAUCUUUCUCGAGAACGUCAUCCGUGACGCCGUCACCUACACUGAGCACGCUCGGCGGAAGACCGUGACGGCGAUGGAUGUCGUCUACGCUCUCAAGAGGCAAGGCCGAACUCUUUACGGUUUUGGUGGCUGAGCUCGCGCAGAUUUGGACAUGUAUUUAAUUUUAAUUCUGAAUUAUAUUAGAUUUAGUUUUCCUUUUGAUGUGUUUGCAGAGUAGCUUUUGGAUCCUCUCAUUUUAUCUUAUGUCACGUUGAAUUUUACUUA